CCAUUUAUAUAUUUCUUUCGUUUCAUCUGCAUCUAGUUUUUCUCUCUCUUUUGUUUCGCUUUCUUGAAGAAAGGGAGAGAGAAGAGGAUUGGAUUUGCUCGCUGCUCCCCAAUUUCUUUCCGGAUCUCCUCAUUUUGUGAUGAACUAGAGAUUGAUUUUCAUUUUCCCGAGCGGUGCUGUUCUUUUUGUUUUUCAUUCUUUGGGGGAUUUUUUUUUUUUUUUUUUUUUUUUGUUUUGGAUUUAGUUUGGCAGUUUGUUGGUUAAGCGGAUUGGAAGGAUGAAUAUGAUGCGACGGGUGAAGAGCAUAGCUUCUGGUCGCUCCUCCGUUUCAGAUCAUGGUGGGGAUUCUAAUACUAAAAGGGGGAAGCCUGAGCAAAAACCAGAGCCAAGAGCUCCCAAUGAAGUUGAGACUGGAGAAAAAGGUUUGAGAGCUCAACAGCGGCAUUCCAACACCUCGGCAAAUGUUGCAAGUGCAUCUGACGUAAAUGGUAGACCUAACACCUACAGUGCUGAUGGGCUUCCAAAUGGAAUGCAAGGAAUGAAAAUUAGAGAUGAUAAAAAUGAUAACCAGGAGGAGAAUAUCAAGAAUAUGGAGACUACUGUUGUCAGUGGAAAUGGAACAGAAACUGGUCAGAUAAUUGUGACUUCAAUUGGUGGCCGAAAUGGACAAGCGAAACAGACAUUGUCAUAUAUGGCAGAGCGGGUUGUCGGCACUGGUUCAUUUGGAGUUGUUUAUCAGGCAAAAUGCCUUGAAACAGGAGAAUUUGUAGCUAUAAAGAAGGUGCUGCAGGACAAAAGAUACAAAAACCGAGAACAUCAGAUAAUGCGCUUACUAAAUCACCCCAAUGUGGUGCAGCUGAAGCAUUCCUUUUUUUCCACCACAGCCAAGAAUGAGUUGUACCUUAAUUUGGUUCUGGAGUAUGUAUCAGAAACUGUUUAUCGGGCUUCAAGGCACUAUAGCAAAGUUAACCAGAGCAUGCCUGUUUUGUUUGUGCAGCUAUACUCGUACCAAAUGUGCCGAGCAAUGAAUUAUGUACAUAGAGUUGUUGGUGUGUGUCACCGUGACAUAAAACCACAGAAUCUGCUGGUGAAUCCUCAAACUCAUCAGCUUAAGGUUUGUGACUUUGGAAGUGCAAAGAAGCUGGUACCUGGAGAACCAAAUAUAUCAUACAUAUGCUCACGGUACUACCGGGCUCCAGAAUUGAUCUUCGGGGCUACUGAAUACACUACUGCAAUUGACAUGUGGUCAAUUGGUUGUGUUGUGGCUGAGCUACUACUGGGACAGCCUCUGUUUCCCGGGGAAAGCAGUGUUGAUCAGCUAGUUGAGAUAAUUAAGGUUUUAGGAACUCCAACACGCGAGGAAAUCAAGUGCAUGAAUCCAAAUUACACUGACUAUAAAUUCCCUCAAAUAAAAGCCCACCCAUGGCACAAGGUAUUUCGAAGGAGAGUGCCACCCGAAUCAAUGGAUUUAGUGUCUAGGCUUCUCCAGUACUCACCGUCUUUACGGUGCACUGCUCUGGAGGCAUGUGCGCAUCCUUUCUUCGAUGACUUGCGAAACCCGAACACAUGUUUACCUAAUGGGAAACCCCUACCUCCUCUCUUUGACUUUUCACCUGAAGAACUUGCGGGUGCACCUCCUGAGCUCAUUCAACGAAUCAUCCCCGAGUAUGCCAAGAAGUGAGUUCAGUUCUUCCUCAUUAUUAUUUAAAAACUCCGUAGGCUCAACCGCUUCGAAAUGUUGUUGUAUUUCUUUUUCAAUAUAUAUAUAUAUAUAUAUAUAAUACACAGGCAUAUACAUACAUACAUACAUUAUAUAGGGUAUUAGCUAGGCAUAUGCGAUGAAUGUAGAUUUUGGUAGGGGUUUGUUUAUUGAUGUUCUUUUGUACGUAAUAUGUUUUCAUUGGAAAAAUCGAAUAUCUGUUUAUUUUUCAUGUAUUUGUUUGUGUGUGUAUUUAUUUAUUGACAAAUAUGUAUAUCGACUCACUCUAUACAUUCGUCGGAAUUUCA